CGUUCUUCGUUCUUUCAUGUUUUCUCAUCUUCUCCGUCGUCGUUUUACUGGUUUUUUAAUUUCUGUUUGUUAAGUAAUUCUUUCCCUUCCCUGUUUUCGCGCGCAAGAGAAUGGAAGGAGAAUUAGUUUCUUUGUUUCUAGUUAGGGUUUUGAGUUCUUUUGCUGUAAUUUCAACUGAUAAGAUUUCUAGGGUUAAUAAUGUAUAUUUGAUUUAUUGCAUUUAUGCAAAUAUCGAUUUUGGCAAUGUAAAUGGAUUCUAGUGCUUGAUUAUUAUUCCAUGCAAGUUUGUGGUGAAUAAUGGAGAUGCACCAGGCAACUAUUAAAUUAACGAAGUUUCAGUUUGGAACUUUUUUUGUCAAGUGAUAUGCAAAAGCUUGCUAAGUACUAAACUUUUAAUCCCUUCUGAAUUGUGGUCUCUACAUACUUUGUGCAUUGUCUGUUCAGUCCUUUCUUGUUGUUUCUUUUUUGUAUAAUUAGGAAUGGAUGCCAAUCCUGGACCUGUUGAUGACUCUGUACUGUACGAUCAAGACAAACAUGUUUCUGCUGCUGUUUGGGAUGGCCAGGAACGUGGUGCACUAAGAUGCCAUGAGCACACCUCCAAGUUGGGAGAAUGGAAGCUUACUCCAAAACAGAUAGAGUUGGUAGAGAGGGCUGGAUUUGGGUACUUGAGAAAGAUUCCUGCUAUUAGUUUAGAUAAUCCUCUCAUCUCUGCACUAGUUGAGAGGUGGAGGAGGGAAACGAAUACAUUUCACUUUACUGUUGGUGAAAUGACAGUGACUCUUCAAGAUGUUGCAUUAUUACUAGGAUUGGCAAUUGAUGGGAAGCCUGUUAUUGGAAUAACGCAUACAACUUGCAGCUCCAUCUGUGAAAGGCUUCUAGGGAAAGCACCUGAUUCAAACUAUGCAAGUGGUGGAAUGGUGAAGCUAAGUUGGUUGAAGGAGUUCUUUUCUCAAUGUCCUGAAGAUGCUCUGACUGAGGAGGUUGAGCGCUGCACACGUGCUUAUCUUCUGUAUCUUGUGGGAAGUACAAUAUUCUCUACGACAACCGGGAAUAAAGUUCCUGUUAUGUACCUUCCAUUGUUUGAAAAUUUUGAAGAAGCUGGAAAUUACGCCUGGGGGGCAGCAGCACUGGCCUUCUUAUAUAGAGCGCUUGGCAAUGCAUGUGUUAAAUCUCAAAGUACCAUCUGUGGCUGUUUAACCCUGCUACAGUGUUGGAGUUACUUUCAUCUGAAUAUUGGUCGACCAAAGCUCAAUCGGGAUCCCAUCCACGAUCAUUUUCCAUUUGUACUUAGGUGGAAGGGAAAACAAAGUGGGCCAACAACAAACCGUGAUGUUGUUUUUUACCGCAAGGCAUUGGAUUCGUUGAAGCCAAGUGAUGUGGAGUGGCUUCCAUAUAAAAGUAUGGACAGUACAGUUAUACCAGAAAAAAUCAGAGAUACUUUGAUUUUGGGAAGAUCAAAGACAAUGCUUAUAUGCUUUGAUAAGGCAGAGAGACACCUACCUGAUCGCUGUCUACGGCAAUAUGGCAUGCUUCAAUCAAUUCCUGAAGAUGUGGUUCGAUGGGUGAGAAAGAGUCGAGGAGUUGAUGGUGGGGUAGACUUGUCUGGGAAAAUGGAGUCAGAACUUACUGAAUGGUUGGACCGUCGGAUCCAUAUUGUGGAUGGAGAUGAUGGUGUAGAUGAAAGUGAAUACAUGCAAUGGUACGCUAAAAUUACCCGUAAAGUUGUAGGGAGGCCUAUAUCUCUAUCAUCUGAGUUCCAAAGAACGAUAUCCGGUUUAAGGGAAAUUGCCUACUUAGCAGAUUCAUUCUCAACAAAAGGGUUGGAUGGACAACAAUUUGAGUCAAUUACAAGGAUCAGGUUUAUAGCACAGGACUGUUUAAGGGACCAGACUGGAAGUCCAGUCACACCAUCAGCUGUUCCACAAAUAGAACUUGGGAAAAGGACUAGGGGGAAGGAGAGGGUAAGAAGAAAGGGAACCAUAAAACGCAGGAGAAAGGAUGAUGCCAUGGAAUAUUAUGAAGCUAGUGAAGAUGACCAAUCUCAGUUUUAUGGUGCAAUUAUUGAGGUUGAUCAGUUACAGUUACGUCGGGCAGAGGAUGAAGUUGGUGAAUUACAUCAGGAAGAUGAUGAUGUUGAUGCACAACAGUUGUACCUAACACCUGGUGAUGGAAAUACCACAGAGCUACAUGUUGUGGUGAACAGGGUUGAUGAUUCAUUGCUCAAUGCAUCUAAUGACAUUAGUAACUCUCAGCCUUGUAAUUCUGCUGAUGAGAUCAAGGAUUCACAAGCCUGUGAUGCAGCAACCAAAGAGGUUGAUGAUUCUGAGACUUGUGAUCAAACUAAUAAGAUGAAUGAUGUCCAGGUUUCUAGGAAAGAAACCAAUGAGGUUCAUGGCUCUAAGCCUCAUGACACAACAAACAAGAUCAAUGGCAAUCAGCUGCAUGAUACAACAAUUAAAGAAACAAAUGACACAGAGCUCCCUGAUGCAACUAAAGAGGCAAAUGAUAUGGAACCCCUUGACGCGACUAAAGAGAUAAAUGAUGUGGAAAUUCCUGAUGCAAGUGAAGGGGCGAAGGACUUGCAGCUCCCUGAUGCAACUAAAGACGGAAGGGACUCGCAGCUUCCUAAUGCAACUAAAGAAGGAAAUUAUUCACAAGUCACUGAUGCAACCAAAGAGGGGAUGGCCUCACUGCUUCCAGAUGCAACUACAGAUGGGAAUAAUUUGCAACUUCCUGAUUCAACUAAAGGAGAAAAGGACUCACAGCUUCCAGAUGCAACUGAAAAGGGGAAGGACUCGCAGCUGCCAGGUGCAACUGAAAAGGUGAAGGGCUCACAGCUUCAAGAUGCAACUGAAGAGGGGAAGGGAUCACAGCUUCAAGAUGCAACUGAAGGGGGGAAGGACUCGCAGCUUUCUGAUGCAACUGAGCAGGGGAAGGACUCACAACGUAACACAACUGAUGAGGCAAAUGACUCAAAGCUCUCUCAUUCAGAUGAUGGAAAAGACUCUUCAGCAACCAAAAUAAAGGAUGUUUCAGGGUCAUCUCUUGAAAGUUUUGACGAUGUUGCAGAGCAAGCUGAUAAAUGCGUUAGUGUAAAGUGAAGGGCGUUAUCAUGUCAAUUCUUUCAGGUAUCUGAGGACUAACAUAAUCAAUGUUCUAAUGCUUGGCCGGACAAUCAGCAGUACUAGAAGAAUCUCAUCAUAUAAAUUUCUAGGUUUUAAUGUCUGGCAUCAUGUCGCUUAUAGACAGUUUAUUUAAUGUCUUGUUUCUUCUGAAACUGAAGGUUAUUUUCUGGGAUGCUUACCUAGCAUUCACAUCCUGUGCAUUCAGUAAUUUACUGAUUGUCUCUAUGCUUCGAAAUAUUCGAGUUGCCUGCUUGCAUAUAUUAAGUUGGGUGUCAACUAGCUUUCAUAUGCACAUGGAAAAGGAGUUGAUGGAGUAUAGUUUUUCCUGCUCUUAUAAGACUGCUACCAACUUUUCUUAAUUAGGCAGAUUAUCAUCUAUAGAAAUUCUAUCAUUAUUGUGGUAGCAUAUUUUGAUUGCAGGGGCAUUUCAUUCUAAAUCUUGUCUUCUGAUUUGUGUUUUUAUCACAUGACUCCGGCAUUUGAAAGAGUGUAUGAUUGCUCGUUUGAGAUAGUAUUGAGUGGCAUAUAGUCCCUUUUGACAAAAAAAGUCAAAAAGGUGAACUGUACUAUACUGCUUGGGAUAGUCUCUGUUUUAUGCUGACGGAUUGGCAUGGUCGGCUUGGUGAAUUGAUAGUUAAGAUGUUGGGUGUAUUGUGCUGCUCCCCCUUCUCCUUGGUUCAUCUCGAGUGAGGAAAAUAGCAUCUAGGCUUAAACUGGUUCCUAAUUAUUGUCAUCAAGUGCUCGUGGUUUAUUCAUAGCAAGCCUCAUCUUUCAUUAUGUCUGUCAUAUUUCAAAUGUUGCUGUACUUUUUAUUUUUAGGGUCUCCUUUUUUUAUUUUAUUAUUUGUUUUUACCUAA